AUUCUGCUUUAUUCUUCAGGUAGAGAGAAACACAAAAAAAUGAAGAUUACUCGAGUGAUGCUAAGCCAAAUAAAAAACGCUCUUGAUGCCUACAAUAAUCAUUUGUCAGGAGUAUUUUGUAUUUAUAAGCCAACAGGAUACAAUACGUUGCAAGCUAUACGAACUCUAAAAAGAAAUGUCUUAAAAGAGUUGAAUAAACUACCAGCUUAUGAUUAUGAGAUUAAACAGAUGGAGAGAGAAAAGGCAAAGAAAUAUCAGCUUGAAGGACCUUCAGGUGUUCCCAUGGUAACCAAUGUACCAGAGCCAAUAGUUGAUUACUCCAAGCAUAAACUAGUGCUUGGUGACAUGUUUCUAUAUAAUCACUUAGAUACAUUUACAGUAUGUAGCAUUGGUGAGGAUGCAGCAUUGAAUAUGAAAAUGAUCAAGAUGGCAAAAUACCUCAGGGUGUAUCAUGUGAAGGGAAGAUUAGGUUACUCAACAGAUACAUGCUACACAGAUGGUAAAUUUGUAAAACGGACUACUUAUGCUCACAUAAACAAAGGGAAGAUGGAUAAAGUUUGUAGUGCAGCACAGUAUGCUCAUCAGAAGUUAAUGUUUGAAUGUGCUGGUGUUAAUCCAAACACUCAAGAGGCUUAUGAGCUGGCAAGCAAGGGUCUAGUGCGUCCUUCUUACACUAACAGAAUUCCUGUAUUAUAUGGAAUAAAAUGUAUCGAAUUCAACCCACCAGACUUCACUUUAGAGGUGCAUGGUAUCGAUGAAAACUGUGAUUAUCUUGCAGAGAUGAUACAUAAUAUUGGCUUCGAGUUAAAAUCAACUGCGGUGUGUACACACAUUCACAGACUUAGAUACGGCAUAUUCGAUCUGAGUCACACACUUCUAAAAAAAGAGUGGACAGUAGAAGACAUUGCUAAAAACAUUAAAAUUUGUAAUGAGUUGUUGACACAGGAUAAUUUAGUUACAGGUACUCAGAUUCUGUCCAGGGAGGCCAGUCAAAAACAACAGGUGGACCUUCUCACUGAAAGCUUACUAAAAGGACAACCUUCAAAAGAAGAUAUUGUAAAAAUUGAAGCAUUGAAGGCUGUGAAAAACUUACGUAAUCAGAUUAUUGCCGAAAGGGAAAAGCUUGGUGGUGAAAAUAAAGAUUUAUUGAAAGAACUAUUGAAGAAAAGAGGAAAUAUUGCUGUGAAUAAUGAAAAUGUUUAAAAAAAAUUUUUAUACAGCCAAAGGUCGACAUUCUUUUUCCUUUUUCCCAGGAAAGUAAAGUGAAGUUUUCACAAAAUUGUGUUAUUAAUAAAUGAGGUUCUUGUACGAUUAAAUAUAGCAAGACUGGUCAGUGUUACAUCCCCAUCAGCAGUUUUCCAACCCAGUAAAUGGGAGCAAAGAGCAAUCCUUUGAAUGUGUAUGAUGAACUUGCGUAUUAUAUUAUAAUUUUGAUUUUAAUUUCAAAGAAGCUGCAAAGGUGCAGUUCAUUUGAUCCACUGAUUUGAGCUUGUUCUAAAGACAUGAAUGGUGAUAAUGAGUCAUUAAAGUGAUUGUGAAAAAAUUAAUUUUCUUUCCUUUUCAUGGUCAUUAAAGAUUGCUCAUUUCAACAUUGACUAUUGUGUAAUCUAAUGAGAUCAAACAUCUUAUAAUAAGUUAUUACAGCAUUCCAUCAAUAGGUCUAGCUUCAAAUCAUGGUAUGAAUACCCGAAAAUGAGCCCUAAAUUAUCCCAUGGAUAAAUCACCAAGCCACAUCUUGCAAGUCUAUAUAAAUAAAAUUGUACCAGAUUGUGUGAUACAAACACUUGCUGCUGAUACAAACACUUGCUGCUGAUACAAACACAUGCUGCUGAUACAAACACUUGCUACUGAUACAAACACUUGCUGCUGAUACAAACACUUGCUGCUGAUACAAACACUUGCUGCUGAUACAAACACUUGCUGCUGAUACAAACACUUGCAGCUGAUACAAACACUUGCUGCUGAUACAAACACUUGCUGCUGAUACAAACACUUGCAGCUGAUACAAACACUUGCAGCUGAUACAAACACUUGCAGCUGAUACAAACACUUGUUGCUUCCAAUCA